AUGCUUCUCGUCCACCAAGCUGGCUUCGUCAAAAUCGGAGAAGUCGUCCGCUACACCCUCACCUACACUCCAUCCAACGACCGCAUCCUACCGACUCCCUCACAUCUCCACCUUCGCGUGAAGAACUCCUCGGCAAUCCCUCUCCGUGCCGCUUGGGUACACGGCCCGUAUACGUUACACGUCUCCGCCUACCCUUCGACGUUCAAUCCGCAUCAAAAGGUCGAGAAUCCGAAGGAAUAUGGCGUGCCGGAAUAUGAGCCGAUGGUCAAGGCGGGAGGGAGCUGGGCAACAAAGCUGAGGGUCCCGGAUGCGAUUCGCGAAACUGGAGCGGACUUGGGCAGGAGGAGUAGCAUGCAGCAGGGGUCUGGGCAGAAGGAACAUGAAAAGGGAAGCGUGACGUGGAUCGUGGAGAUUGCUUCGCAGAUUUUGUUCUCGAAUUCUGCUUCUGUUCACUUUGAGGUUUUGGUUGGAAGAGAUGAGAGAAGCCUGGAAUUGGGUUUCGCGGCGGUGGCUGGACAGGGACAUGGUGGACCUGGGCACGUCAAGGAUCUACAGACCGAGAAGGAGAGGAAGGAGGCGAGGAAACGAGGACAUGUACAGACUGCUGGAGUGUAUUCAAAAGCAGUGAAGUUGGUCGUAGAGGACACUGAGACGUUGUGGGACAAGCCUGCUCUACCGACGUGGGAGGAUUCCGAGGAGAAGAAGCCUCAGAAGGAUACCAAGGAGAAGAAGGAGAGAAAGCGGAGGAACGUUCAUCUUGUGAUCUUGACGCAUGGACUACACAGCAAUUUGGGCGCGGACAUGUUGUUCAUGAAGGAGAGCAUCGACGCGACGGUUGCGCAGGCUCGGCUGGAUGCGAAGAAGCGAAAGGCGGCUUACAAGGCGAAGAAGGCAGGGAAAUCGGAGAAACCGACGGCUGGGCAAGGAGCCGGACAGACUGAUGGCGAGAAGAAAGUAGACGACCAGGAUACCUCUACAGCUCAGGUUUCCGGCGGCCAGGAGGAGCUCGACAACGCACCAGAAGAGUCAGACGACGAAGAAGAGACCAUCGUACGUGGCUUCUCGGGCAAUGCUGUUCGGACAGAGAACGGUAUCCAAUAUCUGGGCAAGAGGCUUGCUAAGUACAUCCUCAAAUUCACAUAUCCGGAUCAGCCAUUUUUACCCGUCAAGAAGACCUUUACCCGGAAAGUGACCGAGACAUUUACGAUGAGCGACUCCGAUAAAGCGAAGAAAGAUGGUAAAGCAGUCCAUCAAGGAAGCAGUAUACACACGCCGAAGAUACAGCACAUCAAGCCAGAGGAUCUACCGUACAGAUUUACGAGCAUCUCUUUCGUUGGACACAGUCUAGGUGGACUGAUCCAGACCUACGCCGUUGCGUAUAUACACAAGCAUAGCCCGACAUUCUUCGAUCAGAUCAAGCCGGUCAACUUCAUCUGCCUGGCUUCACCUAUGCUGGGGCUGAGUAAUGAGAAUCCAAUGUACGUGAAAUUUGCUCUCGAUUUCGGCCUGGUUGGGAGGACUGGACAAGAUCUAGGAUUGACUUGGCGGCCGCCGACUCUGGCGACCAAGGGCUGGAACGUGAUGAUGAAUGGAUUCGGGGCUGGAACUACAGAGAAAGACGCAGAUGGAAACAAGGCAUCAGAUCCCAGCGCCAAACCUUUAUUGAGGAUCCUCCCAACUGGUCCAGCACAUCAGGUAUUGAGGAGAUUCCGAAACCGGACUGUCUACUCGAACGUCGUGAACGAUGGCAUUGUGCCCUUGCGGACGAGCUGUCUGCUGUUCCUUGACUGGAGAGGUUUGGGCAAAGUGGAGAAGGCUAGACGAGAGAACGGAUUGAUUGGUACAAUAGCUGAUUGGGGCUGGGCUGAGCUCACGGGCGCCAACGCGUCCUCAAUUACUCCCAACAUCCGAUCCGAGGCGCCGUGGGAGUCGGAAGACGAGAGCAAUACCAAGGUGUCGCAAGAACAGCGCGAUGCAGUGCCAUUGCCUGGAGAGAACGAAACUGCGGAUGACAACAAGCUAUCGACCAAUCGGCUGAGCUAUGAGGACGAGUCCGUCUCGCAGGAGGGAAGCAGCAGCACUACCGUCAGCAGGCAGAACACAUCGCAGUCUCAGGACAAGGGGAUGCUCGACACUCUGCUUGGCUUCUUCCGUGCGCCAGCCGCGACAAAGACUCCUGCCCCAAGCUCGAAGAAGACGAAAAAGGCAAUCAGUCGAGCACAAACCAUUUACAGAAACGAGGCCAGCAGCAGUGACGACCUUGGAAAUAAAGAUCAGGAAGCCGGCACCACGACUAAUCCUACCAUGCGGCCUCAAAUGCCUCAUUUACACUCCUCACACAAAAAGCGGCCUCUUGCCACACGAGGGAGUAGCACUAACACGGCACAUUCUGGAGAAGUGCAAGCUCCACCAAAGACCUCCAUCUUCGAGUCCGCCGGCGAUAUUCUACAUCCGCCGAUGCCCAGCCGCCAAUGGAUCACCGACCCUGCUGCUCGUGCCCGUACCAUAUUUCACGACCGCGUCUACCAUCCGGAAGACAUCCCUCCUCCGCCGAUCAAGCGUGGCAGCGAAUCUCGCCAGAACUUAUCCUCAAGGUCAUCCACUACCUCCCUUCGCAGUCAGGAAACUGCUCCGUCGACCAGUCAGUCUUCAUCCACAAGUGCAUCUCAAGGCACCAUGAAGGUCGAAGAGAAGAUCGCUCGCGCAUAUCACCGCGACCUGUCGUGGCGUAAAGUGCUUGUUCGACUGGAACCCGACGCGCACAACAACAUCAUCGUCCGCCGCAUGUUCGCCAACGCCUACGGCUGGCCCGUUGUCAAGCAUUUGUGCGACACCCAUUUCGCCGACACCCACUCAGCCCGCACCCGUGACGAGGAAGAGCCUGCGCGGGAGCGGGCCAAA